AUGCGAGGAUUGACAUGCGAUAACAUGGGAGUGAAAGUUGACGGCCAGCAUUUACACCAUCUACGUUUCGCUGAUGACAUCGUUCUUAUAUCAACAAGCAUCAAUCAAGCGGAACGGAUGCUGGCCGAAUUUGAUGAAACGUGUAGAAAGGUGGGUCUUCAGCUGAACAUAGACAAGACUAUGUUGAUGUUUAUGAGGAACGGAAGGGUUUCUGAUGCCCCAUUCACGCUCAUCGUAAAGAACAUUUCCGAAUGCUCCAGCUAUGUAUAUCUAGGUUGGGAAAUCAACAUGAUGAACGACCUGACCUCCGAGCUGGGCAGAAGGAAACGAGCGGCUUGGGGAGCAUUCAAGAGCAUCGAGGAUGUAGUGAAGAAGACUAAAAACGUCCUGCUCCGUGCUCACUUACUCAACACUACCGUUUUUCCUGCUUUGACUUACGCUUAA